UCAUGUCUUGAUCACAAACCAUGGAGCUAAUGAUGAUCAAGAAGCAACACAUGGUCCUCCUAGCUCUCGUCAUGUCCAUUCAACAUGAUUGGGCGAAUGGCGCCUCGAGAACAAGAGAAUGGCGCAAGCUUGUCAACUCCCCGGCAUUGCCACCAUACCAAGACGUGGUAGGAGGAGCCCGGCCACCAACUCCGGCACACGACGUUCAGCCGUCCCCUCCGUACUGUGCGUACCCUCCCCCCGCCAAUCCCACCUCACCGGCGGCGCCGUCGAUCCCCCCUCCAGCCGGUGCGCUGCCACCGUCCACGGCACCGGUCGGCAACCCCAGCCCGCCAGCCAACGCACCAGCGAGCCCCCGCGCGGGCCCUCCGGCUGGUGCUCCACGGGCGGGAGGCCCGACAGCCAUCGGCGCGCCGCAGGGGCUGUGGUGCGUGGCGAACCCGACGGUGGAGAGCGUGGACGUGCAGGCGGCGAUGGACUACGCGUGCGGGUCGGGCGCCGACUGCGGCAUGGCAGCGCCCGGCGGGCCGUGCUACCUACCGGACACGCUGAUGGCGCAUGCCUCCUUCGCCUUCAACAGCUACUGGCAGCGCAACAAGGCCGCCGGCGGCACCUGCGACUUCGCCGGCUCCGCCAUGCUCAUCACCAAAGACCCCAGUUACGAUGAGUGCCGGUACGUGUACAUGUGAUUGCAACGGAGCUCCUCAUAGAAAUGGAGCAAUUUCCAAGACUAUCGAUAAGCACACGGUUCACACGACUUCUGUAUGAUGUAAAUGCAUCGUUUUUUUAAUGGUUGGACCCAUGGAAUGUCACGGGUACAUGAACAUUUGCUCUGGACUAUUCAACUAUU